UCCGACUCCAUGGAUCAGUUUCAGAAGAUGAAGAUAAUAUCAAUCUUCCAUUUCCUUUUCUUAAUCUUUUCCACAUUUUUCUUCAUCGCACAACCCUCUCGAAUCCACAAUCUUACUUCAUCGCAAAAUCCCCUCGCCUUUUUCGUAUUCGGCGACUCCUUUGUCGAUCCUGGCAACAACAAUUUCAUCAACACCACCGAAUCUUUCCGCGCCAAUUUCACGCCCUACGGCCAAACUUUCUUCAAAUCUCCAACAGGAAGAUUCUCCGACGGCCGUAUCGUGCCAGAUUUCAUCGGUAAUUACUCAAAAUCAUACACUAAGAAGUCUCUCAGUACACUCCUUUCAGUUUCGUGUUCUAAAAAGUCGAUUUCUCUUACAGCGGAGUAUGCGAAUUUGCCUUUGAUUCAGGCGUAUUUAGAUCCUCACAACAAACUCUACAUCCAUGGAGCGAAUUUUGCGUCCGGUGGAGCCGGUGUUUUGGUUGAAACUCAUCGAGGACUCGCGAUAGGCAUUGAAACUCAACUUAGGUAUUUCAAGAAAGUGGAGAGAUCGAUGAGGAAGAAGCUGGGGGAUUCAAGAGCGUAUAAUUUGUUUUCGAAUUCUGUUUAUUUCUUCCACGUCGGAGGAAAUGAUUACAAGGUUCCGUUUGAAAGCUCGUCCGUUCAUGAGACGUACAGUGAAACGGAGCACGUUCAUAUGGUCAUCGGAAACCUCUCGGCGGUGCUCGAAGAAAUAUACAAAAAAGGAGGAAGGAAAUUUGCGUUUGUGGCGAUUCCUCCUUUAGGUUGUUUGCCAAACACAAGAUUAUUGAAAAAGGAGGGCGAUGGAAGCUGUUGGGAUGAAGUUUCAGCACUUGCAGUCCUUCACAAUAAACUUUUUCCUAUUGCUCUUCAAAAAUUUGCUGACAAAUUUCCAGGAUUCAAAUACACCGUUGCUGAUAUGUACACUAUGCUUCAAAACAGAAUAGACAACCCUUCAAAAUAUGGUAAAAUCCUCAUUUGA